CAGCACCGGUUUGAGCUCCGAGCACAUUCACCUCGCCAGUAGUUCUCGUCUCACGUCGAGGUGUCAAAAAUAAAGAAAUAAAAAUAAUAACAACAACAACAACAACAACAAUAAUAAUAGUAACAACACACAACGUCGGUUAUAUCAUAGACGCUAUCGGUGAAGUUAAAACUGAAAUUCAUUGUGACCACGUUACUCGAAUCGAGCAGAAAAUCAAACCAACAUCGGACACCGGAAUAUCACCGGAAACGGAAAAGUCAUCGAUCAUUUUUUGAGUGCCGAAGAAGGAGUUGAAACAAAAAAAAAAAAAAAAAAAACUGUAAUCAUUGAGAUAAUCGUGGUAGAUUUGGAAGAUAUCGAACAAAAGUAAACGAGAUUCCAAAGAAAAAAAAAAAAAAAAAAAAGGGAAAAGAAAGGAAACAGACGACACAUCGCUGGGAGGAGAGAGGUGUGAUAAUUUAUCCUAACUUCUGACGUCUGAUAUUCGAAAAGCCGUUAAAAUUGCGUGGUUUUACGCCGGUGGUGGCAGUAGGCAGGGGUCGUUCUUAAGCGGUAGCAGUAUAGACAGAGACUGCGCCGGCUUUACGAUGAUGAGUUCCCAUCCGCAUCACAGUUACGGUUUUUUGCCCGGUAUGGAUCUGCACUCGGUACAUCACGUGCAACAGGAGAUAUCGAGUCCUCAGCAGUCGUCGAUACCCCAAGAGCAGCACAUAAAGCGUCCGAUGAACGCGUUUAUGGUCUGGUCGAGAAUUCAACGUCGCAAAAUAGCUUUGGACAAUCCGAAGAUGCACAACUCCGAGAUAUCGAAACGUCUCGGCGCCGAAUGGAAGCUUUUGACCGACAUGGAAAAACGCCCCUUCAUAGACGAGGCGAAACGUCUGCGAGCUAUGCACAUGAAGGAGCAUCCCGAUUACAAGUAUCGCCCGAGGAGAAAGCCAAAGGCCCCCGUGUCGGUGGUACAGGGUAAACCGGGUUCGUUGAGCCCCGGUGCUUUCCCAAGCUUCCCGUUGCCUCCCUACUUCGCGGCGCCAACGGCCCCGGUCUCUCACCACCCUCUCGAGUAUCCCCCGAUAUCACCGUACUUCGGCUCGGCCUUCGACGCUGUCCAUCUGAGUAAAUUGGUAGCCAGCGGUCAAGGUGGCUCGGUCAACGGCGGUUCUUCGUCCGACGCGGCCAACAACAAUGCCGCGUCGGCCGCCGCUGUUGUCAGCAGUUUUUACUCGAGUUUUUACCCUCCGACCGCUACGACCGCGUCGGGUAAACAUUACCACACGUCGGCUUCUCACCUGAAUCCCCUGUUCCCCGGUCAUCAUCAAGGACCGCCGUUAAUGUUCGGAUCGGGAGGAGGAUCGGGCGGUAGCGUUGCGACGAGCAGCCCCAGCAGUAGCCCGGACACGACACCGAUAUCGUCCUCGCAUCCCCAAGUGUCGUCGGCGGCGACCCUCGAUCUCGAACAACUUCGAAGACCCGUGUCCGUUAUUUUUUAGAAUAAUUCACAAUUUGUUAUCGCAAUUGUAAUUACGUCGAAGAUUAUUUCAACAACCUGCCGUAGCGUCGAAUUGUUUGUUAUAUUUGGAACAGAGAGAGAGAGAGAGAUUAUUAUUAAAUAAUAAAAGUUGAAGCAAAGGAGGAUUGAAAAAUCCAUGGAAAAUUAGAAACCGCCCGCUCGAAAGACUGUUAUUUAUUAUUAUAUUAUUAUUAUUAUUAUUAUUGUCAUUAUUAUUAUUAAUUACUGAUUAAUUAUUAUUAUCAUUGCUAUUAUUGUAAUCAUUGCGAUCAUAUUCAUAUAUAUACACGUGAGUUUUUUCCGUUAUAAUCGACGCAUACGUUGUUUUUUUUUUCCCGUUCGCUUUUCUUUUUUCGCUUCAUCGGUUUCAAUUAUUUCGUCAUACAGUCAUCGUCGUGAUAAUCAUGAUUUUAUGUGUAGAUAAAAUUCAACGAUGUAAAUACAGACGUAUACAUAUAUACAUGUUUAAAUGUAUCACCGAUCAGAAUUAAUAUUACACGAUAUACGAUAUAUGUUAUAGGUAUGUACAAUUAGUGAGAAGUUUAUAUACACUGUGUAUAUAUUUAUACAUAAUAUAUAACAAAUUAUCAAAAUUAUUAUUGAAAUUAUUAGAUACAUACGUCGAGCAGACGAAGACGACAAUUUUUUAAAUUUCCCAACUAUCUUUUUUUCGUGAAUAUUUCAACACUUGACAUUGUAUUUAUAUACACAAAAGACGGAGGAAUUUAACUUGGUUCCGAUCAAAAAAAAAAAACCAAAUGCCCCACACGAUUGUUCUUUAAGUAUUUUGUAACAACAAUUUUACCGUCGAUCUUUUCUUUUGUUUUCUGUAAAUAGUAAUUGAUAUUCUAGACUUAAAAAUUCGCGCAUAUAUUGUUAGAAAUUCAUCUCACUAUUAUA